CAGCAGCCAUGUUUCUAGCAGCCAUUUUCUGUCUUCUUUGGUCAGUUUCCUCCGCCGAACGACAUCCCAAUGCGUGUUGCGUCGACCGUGAGUUCGAGUGCGUAAUGGGGGAGAUUGGCGGAAGUAUCGUCACAGAGCAUGGCAUCCCUACACAAAAAUUGCACAAAGGUUUUAACAUACUUCACUACGAUUACUACGUGAGAAAGAUGGCAAUACUGUUUCACACACGCCAGGACGACGGGACAAUGAAAGUGACCCACAUUCUUUACGACUUCACGAAGAACAAGACCUACAUAUCCGGUUCUGGGAGCUGUAACGUCACUGCCAUCCCACCGGGCACGACCUUCAGGGAGCCCUGUAUACCAGAUGACGCCAAGUUCCUCGGCUCAACGUACAUGGGUUACGGGGCCAGUCACCUGCCCCUGUACAACUGGGAGAUAAAGAAGGCGUCCCACCCGAACAUCACCAAGAGGAUGGCGGUCACACAGGGCGGCUGCACCCCGGUCUUGGAGGCCACCUACGGAUACGCCGAUCACAAUGGAGCAAAGUUUGAUGUCGUUUACGUCUUUAACAAUUAUCACCCGAGAAUUCGUCGCCGAGAUGUCUUCGAUAUUCCACAUAUCUGUAACCCGGGAAUGCAAAGUGAUAUUCCCGAGCAAGCAAACCGAGUUGUACGAACGAUAACGAACCUGUUUCAAUAACGUGCAUGGGAAGUACUUUCUUGUACAGGUCGAACUGGAAUAAAAUGUUCAGACUGAAA